AUGGCUGGAAUGCUUCUGCUACUAUUCGCUGCUCUUACUGCAAGCCCUUCAGCAGCGAUCGACAAUGGGCUGGGACGUACGCCGCCCAUGGGCUGGCGCUCAUGGAACCUCUAUGGGAGGAAUAUCACCCAGAAUGUGAUCCAGAACAUCAUGGACGGCGUGGUCUCCAAGAAGCGUUCGGUUGAUGGCGUUCCAACAUCCCUCUGUGACCUGGGCUACUGCGAUGUGGGCGUGGAUGAAGGUUGGGCGUACUGUCCUGGGGGCCACAAGUACAUGUACCAUGACGACUCCGGCAAGCCCAUCGUGGACGUGUCAAAAUUUCCCAACAUGACUGCCAUGGUGGCUCACGCGCAUAAGCUUGGCUUGACUGCCGGCUGGUACGGGAACGUUUGUGGCCUUUGUAAAGAGAGCCAGGUUACUGAUGCUAUGUAUGCUGGAGACGUGGCAGCGCUGACUGCUUUCGGCUUUGAUGCCGUGAAGCUGGACGGCUGUGGCAAGGAGUUGGACCUUGACAAGUGGGCAAGCCUGCUGAACAAAACUGGGCGCCCGGUGAUGAUUGAAAACUGCCACUGGGGAAAGACUGUUCCAACGCCAGAGUGGUGCCCAUGGAACUUCUUCAG